CUCGCCCCACUACUCUGUGACCUGCCACAGAGCUGCUCUCAGCUGCUGAGGCUGGUGGCCCCAGAGGACAUCAAGGACAAUCUUCAACUGACAGGGACACCUGCAGGACAGAAAGGUCAGGGAGAUCUGAAAGCAGAGCAGCUUCUCUGUCCAGACCUUCAUCCACAGUCCAAUGGCGGAGGCAGCAGCCCUGGCAAGACUCCAGGAAGAGGCCAAGUGCUCCAUCUGUUUGGAUAUCCUGAGUGAUCCCAUCACCAUCGAAUGUGGGCACAACUUCUGUCGUUCCUACAUCCAACAGUCCUGGACGGAUCUGCAGGAAUUGUUCCUUUGCCCUGUCUGUCGUCACCAAUGCCCAGAGAGGCACUUCAGGAACAACACCCAGAUGGGACGGAUGACGGACAUUGCCAAGCUACUCCAGAAAGCCAGGGCCAGUGAAACCAGGCAGGAAGAAACGCCCCUGUGCGAGAAGCACAACCAGCCCCUGAGCGUUUUCUGCGAGGAGGACCUGGUGGUGCUGUGUCCCCAGUGCACUCAGCCCCCUGACCACCAGGGCCACCACAUGAGGCCCAUAGAGAAGGCUGCCUCUCAUCACAGGGAAAGGCUCCGCAGUUACAUCCAGCCCCUGAAGAGGCAGGUGGCUGAAGCUAGGAAGCUGCGAGCCACCCCGGGCAGAAAAUUGCUGGAGCUGAGAGAGAAGAUGGAAAGCCAAAGGCAGGAAUUAUCCUCAGAAUUGACUCUCUUGAUAAAGUUUGUAGACCGUGAGCACCAGGCAGCCCUCUCCAGGUUAGAUGAAGAAGAAGAGGAUAUUCAGGAGAAACUCCAUGCAAACAUGAGGGCACUUUCAGAACACAUUUCCUCCGUGGAAAGUUUACUCACGCAGGUGGCAGAGACGAGUGUGAUGGCAGACGUGAACCUGCUGAUGGAUAUCAGAAGCGUCCUGCCCAGGUGUCACGGCCUGCAGUCCCCAGCUGUCCACUCCGUGCAGCCUCGGAAGGAAGAAUUCAGGCUUCCCCCACCCUACUCGGCUUUUCAGAAAAUCUUACAGAAGUUUAGAGAAGACGUUACUCUGGAUCCCAAAACUGCACAUCCUCAUCUGCGUGUCUCCGAGGAUAAGAAAUGUGUGACAUUUGUUAAGAAAAGGCAGAGAGUUCGCUGGAAUCCAAAGAGAUUUUUGUGCCAUCUCAUGGUCCUGGGCUCAGAGGGCUUCACCUGUGGCCGGCAUUACUGGGAGGUGCAAGUGGAUGACAAGCCCACGUGGGCCGUGGGGGUGUGUAAGGACUCCCUGCCCAGGAAGAAGGGAGAGUGGCCCCUGUCAGGACACAGCAUGUGCUGGGCUAUCCUGCUGCGGAAGGGUGAGUAUGUGGCCCGAGGUGCUGCCACUGUCUCCCUUCCCCUGAAGGAGAAGCCCAGAGGAAUUGGCAUUUAUCUGGACUAUGAGUUGGGUGAGCUCUCCUUUUACAAUUUGAAUGACAGGUCUCACAUCCAUUCCUUCACUGAUACAUUUUCAGAAGCACUAAAGCCUUAUUUCUGUAUGGGGUGUGAUUCAAAACCUCUUAGAAUCUGCCCAGUGAUGGAUUAUGAUGAAUGAACUGUGACAAUGCUUCAUUUUCUUCCAUCUGUCCUAUGAA